AUGGCCAUUUCAAAGGAUUAUAAUGUAGAGGUAGUCAAAAGAGAAGUUGUAUUGCCUGCUAUUGUAAUUCAAGAGCAUGUUCUACCAUUAAGCAAUAUGGAUCUCACUAUUCCUCCUAUUUGCGUGUAUACUUUUUUCUGUUAUGAGAAGCCUUCCCAAACUAGUUUUGCAUCAGUUCUAUCAAAUCUCAAAAGUUCUCUGUCUAGAGCAUUUGUGUCUUGCUAUGCUUUUGCUGGAAGAUUGGUCAGCCAUGGUGUUGGGGACUUGCAGAUGGUUUGCAAUAACAAAGGGGCUGAAUUUUCAGAAGCUUAUGCUGACACUUGUCUUUCUCAAGUGGAGUUCUACAAUCCCAUUGCAGCUAUUGAGGGAAAGCUUGUUCCUCAGCUUGUAAAUGACUCUCAAGGAAAUGGCACUCCAGUUUUUGCUGUUCAGGUAACACAGUUUAGCUGUGGUGGGAUAGUUGUGAGCUGUACUUUCGAUCACAGGAUUGCAGAUUCAUUCUCUGCCAACAUGUUUCUCAUAUGUUGGGCCAAUCUUUCUAGAAAUGAGCCAAUUGAAUCCAUAAGUCCAAGCUUUAUGCGCUCCAUUUUAGUUCCUAGAGAUCCCCCAAACUAUUGUUCUGAAAUAGACAGAAUGUAUAUGAAGGUGCAACCUUUACCACAAUCCAACAUGCAAAUCCCUCAGCCUGCUCUAGCAAGUAGAAUCUAUCACCUCAGUGCCAAUGAUAUAGAAAAGCUCCAACUCAGUGCAAACCAACAUGGCAACAAUUAUACGAAAUUAGAGGCCUUUUCUUCUUAUUUUUGGAAACUGUUAAUUCAAGCCCAAAGGAUGGAGGACACAAUAAAUUGCAAUAUAGGCAUUGCUGUAGAUGGGCGUUCUCAUUUAAACGAGAUGGGAAUGCCCGCUAACUACUUUGGAAAUGCUAUAUUAGUGCCUUUUGCUAGGGCUAGAGCUGGGGACAUCAAGAAGGAGCCACUUUCUUGGAGUGCAAAGUUAAUUCAUGAUGCGAUACAUAGUGCAGCAAAUGAAGAGUGUUUUCGAAGCUUAGUGGAUUUUAUUGAGAUAUCAAAACCAUCAUUAGUAUUUCCAAGUAUAUAUGCAAACAAAGAUGAACCUUCCAUUGUGAUAUCCUCUGGGCUUCGUUUUCCCUUGUAUGAGGUUGAUCAUGGAUGGGGAAAACCUAGUUUAGCAAGUUACUAUUUACCUUAUUCUCCAGGUUAUGUGAUGCCAAGCCCUAGCCCUUAUGGAGAUGGUAGUUGGAUAAUAUACAUGAACCUCCUAGUUGAUAAUAUAAACGCUAUUGAAUCCCACCCCAACUUCAUUCUACGCCUAAUCUCACCAGACCUUUAUGGUGGUCAGAAAAGUGUAUAUAACUCCAACUAUUAAAGGAUUUUAAUGGUUAUAUGAUUGCUUUCACUAAGAGCUUGUAUUCUUUCAAAAAUCUAAAAUCUAUGUAUAUAAUGAGAAAAACACUUUAAUUCCUCUUUUCAUUUAUUACUCGGUAAAAACAGGAAGUCUUUUUCUAUUGAGAUUGUGUUAAUAAAAAUAAAAACCAUUCUUCAUAAAAGGAUUGACCGGGCCAGAAAGGUUGAAGGAAGACAGACCAGAGAAUUUAUAAACACUUGCAUAUAAGU